GGGGAGCUGGCCAAGCACGCUGUGUCCGAGGGCACCAAGGCUGUCACCAAGUACACCAGCUCUAAGUGAUUCAUUGGCUGUAUAGUGAUUUAUCAGGCUCGUUCACACCCAAAGGCUCUUUUCAGAGCCACCCAUGUUUUCCGAGAAAGAGCAUGUCCACUAUAUGUUUAGUUUGCUUUGAGAUGUGUAAGUAUAACUAGAUUGUUACUUCAUAACUGCCUUGCUUUAUGUGUAUUUUUCCAUUUUUGCUGUAGUUGCGUUGUGUUAAAGAGUUUUGUGUAUUUAAUGGAGCGUUAAAGCAUAGAACACUGCCUUUUAGUCCCCUGAGAUAUUUAAAAGUACUUCCUUGCACUGCAAGUAACUAGAGCACCGCUGUAAUUCAUGGGGCUUUCAUUUUGUUUUCUGUAGAGGUACAAGCUACUCCGCUAUUUACUGCUGAUAGGUUUGAAUAAGGGAUUAGAGCAGGAUUCGCGAGAUUGCUCCCCAGGCAGCAACAGGCCCAUACCCUCACACGUCUCUAAAGCUUCAUACUUGUAGUUGAAAGUUAAGGUAGCUUUAAGAGUGCUGAGACUUGGUGCUUCACAGAGAAAUAGCCAUCAAAAUGAUAAAUGGUUGCCUCUGAGGAGUGGAAUUUUUUAGUAAAACUCAUCUGUCCUUGACUUACAUCGCUGCCUUAAUGCUUCUGCUACCGAAACAAACUUGGAUCCGAUCACUUCCACUUAGUAAAGUCAGUUCACUGGUACUGGGUUCUGGUGAUGGAAAUUAAAGCAUUUAUUUGCAGGGCUCAAGUAAAUGGUGUGGGUGGCUCAUGCUCAAAAGACCCUUUUAUAUUUAAUAAACAAUAAAUGGAGGGACAGAGGGGCUUUUUACCCAGAAAGUCCCUGCGUGGUUCCUGCUAAGUUUGUUUCCUCCCACAUUUUCACUUCCCCAGUUUGCUGCCCUUGGAUGCCUAAAAUUCCUUUCCUUUGUCCUGUCAUUUCUCUGCAAAUUUAUUGUACCUCUCUGAAGACGCUAAAUAAGCUGGAAUUCUAAGCCUCCACUUUGAGUUACUUUUCAUUUAGGUUUCUUCCUUAUGAUGUGCACGUGUAAAGACACUCUGGUUUUCUCCUGUUAAUACGUAUUUUUGUAAGAGUACCAGUUGAAAACACGUGACUAGAGGUAAAGUUUCUCCUCCCAUACAACUGGUAUUGUUUUCCAAGAAUGUGGGAAGAGUAGUUAACUAAAUGUAUGGAAAAGCAAAUCGGGGCAAGAAAAAAAUGAAUAAGAUACUGGUAACAACAUUGACACUAAACUUCAUCUUUUCUGAAAAUGAUUUUAGAUUUAGUAUAUGGAAAACAAAAUUGCAUUCUUUUAAAAAUGUCCAUUUUUAUGCCCUAAUAAGUGAAGUGCAAUUAUCGAAAUUCAAAGGGUUUUUUUCUUUAACUUGAAACAUGUUACAAUGUUUAAAACAUUUUAAUGGAAAUGCAAUAGAAAGGACAAUUGUUCCCAGUACAGACAUUACAUUAACUAUGGUACUUUAUCACUGAGAGAUAAAUCAAUAAAUCUUGCUGAGUGACCACUGAUCAACCAAAGAAAACUGAAUUACCUACCAUAAAAUUAAUUCUGAAUGUAACAAGUAAAUUUUAAAAACAAUAUAUAGAACAGAAUAGGAUUUUAGUAAGAGUUCCAAGUAUAGUGUUAAAGGUGCCACCUCAUCAGCGAAUUAAAUUAUUUUAAAAACCUGGCUGAUUAAGGAAUUGCUAGUGAAUUGUUUAAAACUGCACGGGGGUAUUUCAUAAGAAUAAUCACAUUAAAAAUAACUUAUUUAAAAACUUAAGGGAAACAUUUAAAUAUGAUCAGUGUAAAGUGGUUAUUAAAACGCCAUAUACAGCGUUGUCUUUGGGGGAAAAAUGUGCUUUUAUCUGGUCACCAAAGUACUAAUUCCCUAGCAGUAAUGACCUCUACGUGGUGGGAUAACUGGUUGUUACUUUAUUGUAUGCUCUUCGGUAUUUUCCACAACAUUGUUUUGUCUUCGUAUUCAAAAGCAAUUGUUAAAGCCUUAAAAAAUGGUAACAAAAUAGUUACUACAACGUGAAAUACAGUGCAGAAGAACCGAGGUCUUUUUUUUUCUUAAUUUCCGCCUCUCCCUCCCUGGGGCGGGACUUCCCGCCUACUUUCUUCACGUUCUCAAUUCGGUCCGCGAACUGAUGUAUAAAAGCCCGAGUCAGGGUCAGAUACACACAAAGCAGCAGCAACUUAACUGUUUCGCAAUGUCUGGUCGCGGUAAGGGUGGAAAAGGUCUUGGUAAAGGCGGUGCAAAGCGCCACCGAAAGGUUCUGCGGGAUAAUAUCCAAGGAAUCACAAAGCCUGCCAUCCGGCGUUUGGCCCGGCGAGGUGGUGUCAAGCGCAUCUCCGGCCUCAUCUACGAGGAGACCCGCGGGGUGCUGAAGGUGUUCCUGGAGAAUGUGAUCCGGGACGCCGUCACAUACACCGAGCACGCCAAGCGCAAGACUGUCACGGCGAUGGACGUGGUUUACGCGCUCAAGCGCCAGGGCCGCACCCUCUACGGCUUCGGCGGCUGAGUUAGCUGUUUUGUCUCCGAUUUCGAAACAAAAAGCCCUUUUCAGGGCUUCCUAUUUUCUCAUUUGAGGAGCUGUGAUACUAGUUUCAUGAUUUAGAAAUAUUUUGAUAAAUCACUGCAGGCACUUUCUUUUUUUUUAACGUAGCCGCUUGUUCUCUGAGGUUGGUUUUUGCGUUUUCCAGGGUGCAUGCGUACCUAAGCCGCCUAGUUACAGCAAGGGACUGCUCGGUCCAUCCUUCACCUAAGAACAUAAUCGCACGUAAUUGGUAAGCGGUCAUUAGUUGCCGAUUUUGCUAAAAGGUGGAUAGUGGGAAAGAUUAUCUGCUUAAUGAGUUACGUUUGUUGCAUAAAGAGAUCUUGCUAUAAAUAUCUACGUGAUUAAGUGGUUAGAACCAAGACAUCCGGGACUUAGGACAAUUGUUUGGCUUUACUUUCCAGCUGUACUGGGAAAACUUCCACUAGAAGGAAGCCAUACCCUGAAACCUUAGCAAAUAUAAAACAGUACUGUAACUAAAUGCCCUGAGAAUUUGCAGGUAUUCCUUAACACAGAUUAGGCAGUUUCAUCGCUUGUUCAGGACUCUCCCUUAGUAUAUUCACUACAGUCAGCCAGGAAAGAUCUCAAUUGAUGGCUUCGGGAACGUUAGUUAAAUAAUUCAUCUAUUUAUAUUACAGCGUGACUGCUGUGCUUCAGACACUGCACUUGGCACUGGUGAUAUAUGAAGGGGGGAAAAAGACUAAUGCCCUUUUUACUGAGGAAAGACAAAAUAAUAAAAAGUCAUUUUACUACAUCCAAUGGCCAAUUAUUAGUCUUCACUUUAUUUGGGCUGUUGGAAACACUGACAUAAUUGACCCUACAAUUUCUCUUUGAUACUUUUGAUGCUUCUGGAAAAACCACUUGAUGACAACAAAGAAUUUGGUUAUUGUAUUAUAUUAAUCAACAUCUUUGUAGAGAAGGAUAGAAUACUCUAUUUAGGUAUGAUAAUACAAAUAGGAUACUGACAAACCUCCAAGGGCCCCCUGAUAGAUGCCAUCAAGUAUUUGCUAUUAUAGCCACCAAAUAAGGGCAUUUAUACCUAGGAACAAAAUCUCUUGACAGUUUUGUCUUUAAUAUGCAUAUAAGUAUGGUUUACCCAACUUAAAAAGUAUAACUGUUAAACAUUUAUAUCAAUAACAUCUGGUUCACUUAAGGAUGUGGUUUCCUUUUUUGAUCUGCCCUCUAUUUUCAAAUAUUGCACAAUAUAUAACAAUUCUCAUAAUUGUAUAUGCUUAAUUAUAUACAUGAAAGAACAAACCUUAUGUAUAGCUGAGAGGCUACAACUGCAAAAGUAAUUUAAAUAUAAAUAUAUUAACACCUUAAUAGUUUCAUUAUUCAAAAUGGGAUCUGGAUUUAGAAAAGGUAUCAAAAGAAUCAGGCUAUGAAUGUAAUAGAUUUCUAAAGACAAAUACUAUUAAGUAUAACAUAGCAUUUAAAUUAUGCACAGAAUACCUAGGAAUUUGUUGUUUUUAACUGAGACUUUUGUCAAAAUUAUUCAAGAAAUCAGUAGAAAACGAGAUAAUUGACUUACAGUAUACAAAAUAUAAAUAUUUUAUUUCCCCAACUCAGAAAAUGUUGGGGAAAUAUAAUUAAAAGUAAAAUCUCCCAGUUCAGAAAACUUCUCCACACAAAGGUAGUAGAAACAGAAAAGUUAUUUUUGAAUAAGUGUUAAACUAGAAUAUGAGUGCAUCACAGGUAAUCUGCUAAAGGGUUUGCAAAGCAAAGAGAGAAAUCUCUUUUAUACAGCUAAGUGUAUACAAACCAUUCAAGUAUCAUGUAUGUAGGUUUGGCAUUUUGGAAUCAAGGGAUAACU